AUGACGUGCCAUUUUCACAAACCGUGCACAUGUGCAAAGUGUAUUUUACGUUAGAAAAUUUCAGACAAACUGUUAAUAAAUACGCAAGGUAAAAGAUCUACAAGUUUUGGAUAACAAAGUAUCUUAAGGGAAUUCAAACUGUAUAAAGAUAAUGGUAGAUAGUGAAGAAUCUGGAACAGGGCAGCGUGUAAGCAUUGCUGAAGAUAAUGAAUACUUCGAAAGAAUGUGGAAUCUGGUUCCCCCUUUAGUGACUGCAGAAUUGGAACCAGAAGGCAAUGCUGAAGAAAUGACAAAAGCUGCAGCCAAACUGAAGAAAAAGGCCAAAAAGGAGAAGAAAAGAGAAAAACAUAGAAAGAAGGAAAGUUCUGUAAAUUCUGACACAAAACCAGAGGAGGAUGUGCAAAAGCCAACAAAGAAACAUGAAAGGGAUGUUGACGAUACGGAGUAUACAUCGCUCAAACCUAAAAAGCAGAAAGUAAAUCAUAUAGAGGAACCAUUGACUGUUAACCACACAGCUGCCACAUCAGACUCUGACAUGUCGUCUGAACCAGACAAUUCCUCUACAGAACCCAGUACUGUUUCCGUGCAAGUACAAAACAUUCCUGUUAAAGCGAAAAAGAAACCUUUUGGUCAAAAAUCUUUACACAAACAGAAAGAACAGUGUUCAAAAGUAACAAGUACUGUUAGUAAUACAGAAGCUGGACCAUCAACGUCUUGUGUAGCGUUAAAGAAUGAUUUGUCCGAGGGUGAUAUGCUUCAGGCAGCUAGUAUAAACAGUAUUGAAGACAAACGGGAAAAACUUCGGGUGAAAAUUGCUGAAUUACAAGCUAAAAGAAAACCAAGCAACAAGGAAAGGUUAGAAAAGAAGAAACUGAAAAGACAAGAAAGUAAAAUGAAGUUAAAACAGAAACGUAAAUUAGAAAAAUUACAAAAGAAACAAAACAAACAAAGUGGUGAAGGUUCAAAACCUACUAAAGGCAAUUUGAAUAAGGGUGCUAACACGCCGGUGAAGCCAGUUUAUAACAAUGAAGGCCAGAUGGUUUUCAGUAAGUUUGAUUUCACGGAUUCCGCUAAGAAGGAAAAACGUCACAACGAUCUUGGCGGAAAAGACUAUAAAAGGUUGCUGGAAAAGAUCGAGAAGCGAAAUGAGAAAAUAAACAAAGUGAAAAGCAAAGACGAGAGUGCUGGGAAAGCGUUGGAAGAGAAAUUUAAGUGGGAGUCUGCUUUACAUAAAGCUGAAGGUGAGAAAGUGAAAGACAAUCCAGAAUUGUUGAAAAAAGCAUUGAAACGGAAAGAGAAAUUGAAAGACCAAAAGAAAAAGAAAUGGGAUAAAAGAGUGGAACAUGUGGAGAAAACGAAGGAUGAGAAACAAAAGAAAAGAAAUGAGAAUAUACAGAAAAGGAAACAGAACAUGAAAGACAAAAAACUGAAGAAAUUAAAAAAGAAAGGAAGAAUUCUGCCAGGAUUUUAAAUAUAGAAUAUAAUCUGUGAAAAUGAAUUUGUUACAACUUUGGACUUUGACUUAUGACGAUAAUAAGGUUUAAAUGUUAAUAUUUGCACACUUAAAAGCCUGUAAGAUUCUCUCAAAAAAGUUUGAAAUAAAUUUAAUCAAGUA